UUUCCAUCGUAUCAUAUAUAAUCAACGGCCGUUUCAUUUAAUACCCAACUUAUUCCCUUGCCCUCUUUAUUUAAACCACUGUUACACCUCCCCUAAGAACACUCAUCCCACAUAAAAGGUAAAAGAGGAGCCAAAAAAUGGCGUCUGUGUCUUCUCUAAUGUUUCUGUUCAUUUUUCCUGCCGUAAUCUCCUCAAUAACGGCCGUUACUGACAAAUCGUGCUCCGAUUUCAUCCGAACAUCGUGUAACGCCACCCUUUACCCCUCCGUUUGUUACGACUCCCUCUCGCCCUACGCCGAUUCCAUCAAACAGAACCCUCGCAAACUUGCCCAAGCCGCCAUCUCCGUGAGCCUCAAAAGCGCACGCAAUGCCUCUUCCCUUGCGAACAGGCUCGCAAGAUCGAGCCCAGACGACGGUGCUCUCAAGGACUGCGCUGAUACCCUUGCUGAUGCCGUUGACCUGAUUAAACGAUCGGCUCACGAGCUUGGUCGCUUACGCCGAUCAAGUUUUGGAUGGCAAUUGAGUAACAUCCAAUCAUGGUUGAGUGCAGGUAUGACAGAUGAUGAUACCUGUUUGGAUGAGUUUGAUGACUCGACUGGAGACUCGGGUUUGAGUGGUCGAGUGUCUGAUGCGAUGAAGGUGACGGGUUACGCGCUCGCAUUCGUGAAUAACCUGGCAACAUCACAAGUCAAGAAAAAGGGCAAUCGCCCAUGACUGAUUGUGCCAAACCUCCCAUGUAUGAAAUGUUUCUGGUUUUGGUUCACGAUAUGAAGUGAAUUGGCGUGCAUAUACAGUCUUGGCUAGUGUGUGUUUCUACGGCCCGUUUGUUGGGUGUAUAAAUCCCGAACAAGGCGGUUGUCAAAAGGGUAAAUAGUGUUUGGCGAAAAACGUCCCAUUUUAUGUGGGACAGGAACAUAUCUUGGAUAUCACUGUCUUUUCAGAAAGUGUUUUAAUGUUACCGCAAUAUAAAUCAUCUUGUGUGGGAGCAAUGCGAGCGUCCAAACAGGGGUGAAAUGUGUCUGCGAUUAUUUUUACUUCGAAGUAAGUGAAUGGAAUGACUUAGCUUUUA